GUCAUUUUGUAUUUCUGUCAAUGUCAAUCGAAGCCUAAAAUAAAAUGGUGGUUGUUAUGCAGAUAAUACUAUAGAAAAUAUGUUUUUUAAAGGAACACUUUUAUUCAUAAGAAAAUAUUAUUAAAGGGACUAUGUGCAAAUAUCAAACUUAGAUAGAUGUGACUAUUAUGGUGGAACCUAGAGAGUGAUGACAAGCCAAAAUUCACCAUUUACACAGAGGUACCAACCUUACAUUUUUGAUCAAUUCCGUCAACCCGAUGGCCAAUGGGACCCUUCAGCAGCCCCAAAUCCUCCUACCGUUCCUGCUAGGGGUGUCAAGAGAAACACCCCAAGCGAAUUAUCGCAUUCAUAUGAAGAAUCUUCUUGGAUGGCACCACAAGCACUACCACAACAACAAAUGGAUAACAAUGUAGUACACCAGUGCAAUUUACUUAUGCGGCAAAAUAAUAUGAAUACAACUUCUCCUGAUGCCGUUAAUUUUAGAAAUCAAAUUGGUAAUAGUGAACAUGACGUUAAUGUUAAUAAUGUACAAAGUCCUUUGAGGUCCAGUUCAAAGUAUGCCUUUUCCUCGUGGUACCAUGGCAAGAUAUCUCGUGAUGAAGCUGAAAACUUAUUGCGUCCAAGGUCAGAUGGCCUGUUCCUAAUUAGAGAAUCCACAAACUUCCCUGGUGAUUACACCUUAUGCGUAUGUUUUCAAUCAAAAGUUGAACACUAUAGGGUAAAAUCGAAUAGCGAUAGGUUGACAAUCGAUGACGAGGAAUUUUUUGACAAUUUAGAGGAACUUAUAGAACACUACAAGAACGACGCCGAUGGUUUAUGUACAAAAUUAGUGAAAACCUUGCCUAAAGGAAACGAAGCCUUAUAUUCCAAUACCAAAACAUCGGUGAUUAAGGAAGGAGAUGAUUUGUUUGUUAUUCCCGAACAGGAGCUAACAAUCCGAGAAUCAAUAGGAAAAGGAGAAUUUUGUGAAGUAAUGCUUGGGAAGUGGAAAAGCAAUAAAGUAGCCGUUAAAGUAUUAAAAGAUUCGAGUGAAGCUGAGGCAAUAUUAAUGAAGUCUCUGCACCACGAACACUUAGUCAAUUUACUUGGAAUAGUCAGAAAAAAGGAACAAAUCUACUUAGUCACGGAAUAUAUGAGUAAAGGAAGUCUGGUAGAUUACUUAAGGUCCAGAGGGAGGCAACACGUCACCAAAAAAGAUCAAAUCAAUUUUGCCUUUGAUACCAGUUCUGGAAUGGAAUAUUUGGAAAGAAUGCAUGUAGUUCACAGAGACUUGGCGGCCAGAAACGUACUGAUAGCAGAAAAUGGAAGAGCGAAAGUAUCUGAUUUUGGAUUGGCCAGGAAUGAAAAGAACGCUACUUCCGAGUCAGCUAAAUUGCCAAUUAAGUGGACUGCACCUGAAGCUCUCAAGCAAAACAAAUUCUCUAACAAAUCUGAUAUGUGGAGUUUUGGUAUACUUUUAUGGGAAAUAUAUUCAUUUGGAAGGGUUCCCUAUCCCAGGAUACCCUUGGCGGAUGUGGUGAAACAUGUGGAAAAGGGAUAUAAAAUGGAAGCCCCGGAAGGAUGUCCUCCAGAAGUGUACGAAACCAUGAGACAGGCAUGGGAUUUAAAUCCAGACAAGAGACCAUAUUUUCAUGAAGUCAAAGCAAGACUCGGAAACUUAAAACAACAGACUACAUUGUGAAACAAAUUAUCUAAUAUAUAUACUGAGUAGUGUUUGUAGCGUGGAUGUGGUAUGCAUAAAUAUUAUAUGCAAACUUACUAUAAAAUAAUUUUGUCAUUUUUCACUUA